UUCACAUGUGGUGGCAGAUUACAAUCUUAAAAUGUUGAGCUUGGAGUUAAGUUGUGAUUUUUUUUAUAUAUCGCUACAAAUAAAAAAGUGCGCAUGUUUUUACAGCUUGCAGGAUAAUAUAUUUAGAUUUGUUCCAUGCGUAUAUAUGAAUGAAAUGUUACGUUGUAUAGUUUUAACUUUUUUUUAUUUUUGAUUAUUUGGAUUUAUGUUAAUCUUAUCGUACUGUGAUACUUAAUUUUCUUACACGCUAGUAUUUGAUUUAAGGUUAAAGAUAUAUCCAUUAUUUUAGUUAGAUAUGAGUCUGAUUCCUCAAUCACCGAGAAUUGGUCGCUCUCCAAAGUUGAAGGCAAAAUGGCUGUCAAAUACAAUGGCGUAUCAAUAUGGAAGCAAUGGGACAAAGAAAAACGAGAUAAUCGUGCUAUCAAAUAAUCUGGACCAAUAUUUACAAGACAUAUUUCAAAGUAUAGACACCAAGGGGCGUGGGAAAAUAUCGGGAGAAGAAUUUCGCCUGCUUUGUGACGUUCUUAAUUUACGAGAGUCUGUUAUUAACAGAGACACGGAAGGUGACCUUGGAUUUAAAGACUUUCAUGAUCGGCUUUGUGAACAUUUUGCAUGUUAUGGGGAUUAUACCGGUUUCCUUGUCAAUCAGUCCUUCCGUGCUAUGAAUACAAACAAUGGUAAAAAUGAAGAUUCAACGUCUAAGCUUCCAGAUACAAGAAAACUCACGCAGUUCCAGAGAAGGAUGGCGAAAGGAAAUGGUCACAAGUGUAUUCAUGACGCUGAGAUUUUCAAAAACUGGGAUAAACUCCGUCUGUCGGGUUUCCGGCUUAGUGAAAUGAGGGAGCAUAUUGACCAAAUGUUGUAUGAGGUGUCUUACCACAAAGAGGAGUCACAGACAUUGAAAGAGAUUAUUGAAGAUUUGAGAACAAUGUUGCAGGCCUCAGACGCCCAAAACAUAGCAAUGCAAGUGGGACUGAAAAAGUAUCAGCGUAACCUCGUGUCUGUACAUGACUUUAAUGGCAUGGUAUCCAGUGGGACCAACAGACAUUCCAUGCCUCCCGGUGGGAGCACAUUGGUUUAUAAACCCUUGAAAGGAGAAGAGAAGUCUGUGAGAAUACUUGCACGUGAACUAACUCAACUAAGAGAGCUUAGAGACAAAGAGGUUAAAGAGCUGAUCAAUUUCAACAACCAGUUACAGCAUGACUUGACUGAUAUGUCACGCGAGAUCGUUCGUCUGGAAGAUGAGAGCAGACGACAAUCCGGCCAGCUGGAGCUAAUCGUGAAAACAUACAGAUGUUGCCGUGAAUUGUUUGCAGUGUGUGUCGAAAGUUUUAAGGAAGUGGAAAAUGCCGAGGACACACCCAUGAUAUGUGGGGAUACGCCUCUAACACCGACGUCCGUCCCCCAAUCUCCGAUCCUUGUAAGAACACCGAACUGCACACCAGGCUUAAAAAGAAAAUUCUCCUUUUCGGGGAAGAUAAGGCACACGGAGCCGUUAAAUUCGACAGAGAAGGGUUGUGAUAAAAUCGACAUAGAAACCGCUGCGUUUGAGGCAGACGAACACUUCCCACCGGAAGUUAUCUUGAUAAAGAGGCUGGAGCACGAGAUAAAAGCCCAGUGUGAAGUUUUUCAGACGCAGCAACAGGAAAUGGCUAGGCUCGAUACGGAAUUAGACCUUUGCAGACGACAUCUUCAAACUGCCAACUUCCAAGUCGAGGCUCUCGAGACAGAAUGUAGUCGUCUGCUUGCGUUAGAAGAUCAACUUGUGUCAGUAUUUCGUCUCCUACAGAAAGGACGCAGUCAAUGUCUGAGUCGAAAGACGCUCGGCCAACUUUUACUCGAUGUUAUAGAUUCGAGCUUUGGUGAAGAUGAACAAGACAUGACAGCUGACCAGUUUAUCCGCAUUUUACAGAAAACGCUGUCAGACUGUCCACUGUUUCUAUUCACCAGUUGACAAUAGUGUUGAGGCGGUCACAAGAACUUCCUGUCACAUCAUCAUGACAUGUCAUCUGUUUCCGCUAUACUUGUCUUCUUUGUACUUUAUCUAAUGGUUUUGUUUCUUUUGUUGUUUUGUUUCUUUUCUUUUCUUAAUUAAGCAUUACAUUGUUUUGUCAUGUUUUGCAUUUCUUAUUAAGCAAAUCCGUUUUGUUCAUUUGUUCAUAAUUUUAUUCAACGUUAUGUGUAGGCGUUGACUUUAAUUAAACAAAAGCCUAAAGAAUGAAGAUAAAGAAAAUUUUAACAUAAAAGUUUAUAUCAUUUUGUACAUCAUUACCCAAAAAAAAAACAUGAUGAUUAUUAUUAUCAUUUUCAUCACCAGCAUACUACCGACCACCAACAUCAAUAAUAUUAGAUUAAGCAAUAAAUGUGUUGUCUAUAUAGCCCUUCCAAAUUUAAAAUGUUUAAAUGUUCUUUAAAUUGUAUAAUGGCGUAUAGGUUCAUAAAAAUAAAAAGGCACAAUGACAGCCUUUUAACAGUCUGUCGUACAGUAAAGUACCCCUUAUAAAUCUAGACCCUGCAAGUAGGGUCCGACAUUUGCAAGGAACCCGUAAAAAUGUGUGUUUGACAUCGGUAGGUGAUGCUUCCAUAAGUCUUGCGUGCACCACAGUUUAAGCAACAUACAUGUAUAUAUGAUAAUCUCAGUGAUAAUGUUACCCAGUAUUACUUUACAUACGGCCUUUCUUUAUAUGUGUCCCAAUUUCUCCAAUAUAUCCAUUCUUGUAAUAUUCAUUGCGUCACAGCUACAUUUAAUAUUCAUUUUAUUUUUGCUGUACAGUAUUAUGUAUAAAAAAUUAAAAUAUGUACCAAAAUGACACUUUAUAAAUAUAUAUACCUCAAAUAUAUCUAUUCAAAUGAUUACUCUAUUUUAAUUUUGUAUAUGAAUAAUUUGUAUACACUACACAGUUAUCAAAUAAAUUGAUAUAAACACUUUUAUAUACAAGAUAGAUUUC